GGGCCCAGGAGCCAGCCUGAAAAGGCACCAGCUGAAGAGAUAUGUAGAAUGAGACAAAAGGAGGGAAACGUUGAGCAAAAGGGAGACCAAAUUCAGCCUCUUCCUAUAUGCCAAGCACCAUCUUCCUCACCAGCUGUCCUCUAGCCCGCAGCUGGGUCAGGUCCAGCAUGAACGCAGCGGGGAGCCCAAACAACUGGGAUCAGUGAGCGACCAAUAGCUGAAGCCGCAGUAGCUAGUGACUGGGUUGGGCAAUAGAACGAAGUGUUCCCAUCUCUCCUACGAAGAGGGGGGCAAGGCGGUAGGGAUGGGGCAGAGAGCAGCACAUUGGACAAGAUGGUUACUAAUAGCAUUUUUCAUGUCUAGGAUUUUCAGAAGGCGACCUAAGGAAACACCACAUCACCAACACAUCCCCAUUGCUUUCUCCAUCCCUAGUCCUAGAUGUGGGCCCAAUGGGUUAGAGAGCGGAACUGCCAGGGAGUCAGGACUUCUGGCUCUAUUUGACUUGUGUGACUUUCCCUCUCUCAGCCUCAGCUUCUCUGAGCAAGAGGGUGAAGAUUAAUGUGUUAGUAGUUAUUUGUAUUGCAGUGGCACCUAGAGGCCCCAAACCAAGAUCUGAGCCCUGUUUGCACUAGGUGCUCUACAAAUACACAGUGAGACAGGGUCCCUGACCUGAGCUCACACUCUGAUAGGGCAAGGGGUGGGGAAACCGAGGCACAGAGAUUCACCCAAGGUCAGACAACAGGUGGGUGUGGAAGCCUGGAACUGAACCAGGGCUCCUAGCACCCCUUCGGCUCACCAUGCUGCUUCCCCUAAUUGUUAACGAUCGUUUGGCAAAUGUGAGUGCACAGUGUUCCAAGGUUCUUUCCACCAACCUGGCUUUCUCUGCAUCGUGCCUCCCUCUUUUCUCCCUCCCAGUCCCUUUCCCCUCCCUUCCCCAGGUCCCUCCCUUCCGUCGUCACCGAGUGGUGUAUAAAUCCCCUUCUCUGGCAUAUCCCUCAGCACGGCGGGACGGGAGACCCUGGCACUUCGGUCCCCGGGGCACAAGCUGCAGCCACUGGCCUUUGGGUUGCUGGGACUUUGAACUCCUCGACUCCCCAAUCCCCGCUAGCUCGUUUCCACAGGGGGCUCCCGGGCAUUUCUUGGUGGGUGAUUCUUCUGCUCCCUCUGCUGCACCAGGAUGUCGGAGAAACGCGCGGAGGAGGCGCCAGCAGAAGUGGGUGCCAAGGAAUUGAAAGAAAAGAAGGAAAAACUGGAGGAGAAGACUGUCUGCAAAGAAAAGAAGAAGGAGAUAAUAGAGGAUGAGGAAAAUGGUGCGGAGGAGGAGGAGGAGAAUCCUGAAGACGUGGAUGAAGAAGAGGCAGGAGAAGAGGAUGAAGAUGGAGAUGAGAAUGGGCAGGAGCAGGAGCAGGACGGACAUGCAGCAAAACGAUCUGCAGAGGAAGAAGAGGAGGAUGAAGUUGAUCCAAAGAGACAGAAGACAGAAAAUGGGUCUUCGGCUUGAGUUCUCUCUUCCUAUCCUUUUCUGCUCCAUCUGUCUCUCCUCCCUCCAUUCCAGCCUGUGCUUGCACUGUCAUUUAGCCUCUGGCUUCACACAAUCUCAGAUGAGGAAGGAUUAGAAAUGCUCUCAGACAGAGAAGAGGGCAUGGGACUAAGAGUUUCCCUUCCACCCCAAGUUCUAGCC